AUGCCUACCUGGUUCCUUCCUCCCGAUUUUACCUUCACAUCUGAAGGACCCAUCAAACUAGGUACCGUUCUAGAGCAUCCAUCACGACCAACUUUAGUUUUAGCGUCUCUCCCCAGCGACACUGGCAUCGUUCUCCCAGAAGAGAGCAUUAUUAUGGAGUCCAAUCAUUCUCACGAAAGAUCCACCUCCCGAUCAGGUUCACUGAAUGUUUGGACUAAAUUCCUCGAAAUGGCAUCGGCAUCUGUGAGCACCACGGCCGGCCAUAGCUUCGUUGAGAGCUAUAGCGCUGUUGAUCACGAAAUUCACUCUUUUACUGGACCAUUGACGGUCUCAACGGCAGCUGCAAUCACUGCGCUCCAUGAUGUUAAAAAAUAUAUCGAUAGCGGACUUUUUGGCAAGAAGUCAGUCUACAUAGUUACAGGCCUCCGCAUUGCAAAAGAUUCUUUUAAGGUGAUGAAAGAGGUAGCAAGUAACUUUAGCGGGGAGGUAUCAGGCUCAGCACUGCCUACUGGAGGUACUGCUCCUAUUGAAGCUGGCUCUGAUCUAAGUGGCUCUAGCGAGCGAAGGGUUACAGACUCGUACGAGACUGCUCCGGGUAUCGUUUUUGCCUAUCGUCUUUCGAUUAUUAGAACGAAGCGGGCGGGUGUUGAGGUGGAGCUUUUCAGCGAUAAAGGGGCUUUUCUAACCGGCGAUGGUACUCAUGCGGAACUUCCUCUUGUUGUAGUUGAGGCUACGAAGGAGGAGCUCGAGGAGGAUUUAGAAGAGCAGAUUAGCUUUGAGGCGUCGAUUGUGGGAGAAUAUGAAUACUGUAUCUCAUUCUAG